GCCAGUCCCAGCCAGCCAUUUUCCUCUGCCUAUACGCCUGCGCCUAGCGCUGCCUACCGUCCCCCGCCCGCCAACAACCACCACUGCACUCACCUGCCCCUUCCCCCGUCCGCAAUCGAUUCAAGAUGCCCAAAGAGACCACCAAGACCACCAAGCGCAAGGCCGCCGUGAAGGCUGAGAAGGCGCCGAAGGCGAAGGGAAAGAAGGACCCCAAGGCACCCAAGCGCGCCCUCUCUGCGUACAUGUUCUUCAGCCAGGACUGGCGCGAGAGGAUCAAAGCUGAGAACCCCGACGCCGGGUUCGGUGAAAUCGGCAAGCUCCUCGGGGCCAAGUGGAAGGAGCUUGACGACGAGGAGAAGAAGCCCUACCUUGACCAAGCAGCGGCAGACAAGGCACGUGCAGAGCAGGAAAAGAACGAUUAUGAUGUCAAGAAGGUUGAUAGCGCCGGCAGCGGCGACGGCGACGACGACGACGAGUGAAGCGUCUCCGUGAUGGCCUGCUAUUUGAUACUGUCCUCUGUCUCCUGUGGUUGCUAGAUAUCCGUGACGAAUCCCGGCUCUCCUCUCCGCUCCUCUUGUUGCUGCUCCUCGUAUAGUAUCAAAACCCGUAGGCAAACCCUCCCUCCUGAACACUCGUCUCUCGUCUCCGUGAUUACGUGCCGUCUGUCAUCCCUCUCUCCCUCUCUUCCCAUGUAUGCCUCUUUCGCUAGUCGUAUAGCUACGUCAAUAUCUGGCCGCGUGUCCACGGCGCGUCCGCUGUACACCGAACGACGUUGUGUAAUACUAGACGAUGUUGAUGUACUUGUUCGUUCGUUCGAUUCGAUUUAUAACUUAUCUGCAUCGCUGGACCCCC